CCGCGCGCGGGCAUGGAGCGGCGGCGCGCGCCCGCCGCCCCCCCCCGGUACGGGCGGCGCCGGUUCUGGGACGAGCUGUACCGGCGGGAGGGCGCCGAGACCCGCGAGUGGCUGGGGGGGCUCUCCCGGUUUCUCCCGCAGCUGGAGCCCGAGCUGCGCCCCGGUGACCGCAUCCUCGUCCUCGGCUGUGGCAACAGUGCCCUGAGCCACGACCUGCACAAGCUGGGCUACACCGACGUCACCAGCAUCGACUUCUCGGCCGCCUGCAUCGCGGCCAUGCGCGCCCGCUACGCCCGCUGCCCCGGCCUGCGCUGGGCCGUCAUGGACAUCCGCGCCCUCGCCUUCCCCGACGCCUCCUUCGACGUGGUGCUGGAGAAGGGCACCCUCGACGUGCUCCUGGUGGAGGAAACCGACCCCUGGCACGUCUCGCCCCAGGCGGCUGCCGCGAUGCACCGGGUGCUGGCAGAGGUGAGCCGGGUGCUGCGCCCAGGGGGCUGCUUCAUCUCCAUCACCUUCGCCCAGCCCCACUUCCGCAAACCCCACUAUGCCCAGGAGGCCUUUGGCUGGUCCCUGCGCCACGCUGCCUGCGGGGACGGGGACGCCGGAGCCUUCCACUAUUUCCUGUACGUCAUGCGCAAGGGGCAGCCCCUGGAGCCCCGGGAUGUGGCCCUGGGGCGCCGCCUGCACCCCCCCCCGGCCCCCGCCCCGCCGCUGCCCCCUGCCCCCCCGGACGACGACGAGGACUAUCUCCUCGCCAUCCAGCUGUGACUCAGGGGCUCACCCCCCUCCCAAUAAAGCCUUAAGGUGCUCCAUCCUCACAGGUGGGAGAACGGGAACCGGUGCAUCCCCCUGUGAGCUGCCCAGUGAUGUGGGUGAUGGGAGGAAAGAGGGGGGUGCUUGGCCUCCUCUGGGGGG